AUGUUUGUACUCAGUGGGUACCUGCGCGCCGACUGGCAGCGGCGUCAGAGCAGCCGCGCCCAGCCCGGUCACGUGCUGUCGCCAGAGGAGGAGGAGGCGGAGCACCGCCAGCUGAUGGAGUUCAACCGGGCCGAGAACGCGCGCAUGGCCGCCGAGCGUCAGGCUAGGCUGAGUGCUCAGGCGGAGGCGAUCCGGAGGAAGGUGGAGCGUCUGCAGCAGGAUGCCGUGGAGCAGCAGCAGCGUGACCACGAGUCGGCCGUCAGCCUGAUCCGCACACAGGAGGAGAUAUCACGUUUAUACAUCCCUCGGGAGAAGCUGGAAGAGGCCAUAGAGAACGCCAUAAACAACGAGACUGACUACAACUACGCCAUCGACCGGGAGGGCCGGCGGUGCGAGGGCCGUCUCACCAGGCCGUCGUAG